ACUAUAUUUAUUAUAGAGCAUUUAAAUGGGAAUAAAAAAAAUUUAAUGGACUUUAUGAAGAGGAAUCAGAGGACUUUUCCUCUGCACCCUCCCCCACAAGCGCUAGUGGUGCUGGCCCCGCUCCAGCUAAGCCCGGCUCCUCGGUCGCCGCCGACGGGACUUGACUGGGGUCGAUUCAAGUCAUGCAGGUUGUAAGAAACGCGGGGUCUUGGCUCUUGCGGUCAUGGGCUUGGCCACCGACGACCAGGGUUGUGGCCGGGGCGCCGGCCCCCACCAUCCACAGUGGCGCCCAGCAGGUGCAAGACGCGGCGGCCAAGCAGGAAGCUGAGAAGGCGGCGGCUCCGACUCCGAGCAGCAGCAGCUUCAGCAUUUACCCUCCAAUUCCAGGACAGGAGAGCUCUCUGAGGUGGGCAGGAAAGAAGUUUGAGGAGAUCCCAAUCGCACACAUUAAAGCAUCCUACAACAACACACAGAUCCAGGUAGUCUCUGCUGCUAACCAGCCGCUUGCCCGCGCUUCCUGUGGCACGGAGGGGUUUCGGAAUGCCAAAAAGGGCACGGGCAUUGCAGCACAAACAGCAGGCAUAGCUGCCGCAGCGCCAGAAUGGAACUCCAUGAAGGCCGGGACUUCUGGAUCUGCGGUAUCCAGAGCCUAAGCAAGUGCUGACAUGUGAUGAGUGCUCAACAAACACCUGUAGGACUCACUGGAUAAAGGAGCCUAAAUAGUGGUGGGGGCAGGAGCCUCACUCCUAGCCUUCCCAAUCACCCGGGUCUGCCCUGACCAGCCCACACUGCAGGGGAGCACAGACCCAGCUGCAGCUUCAGCCAUAUUCCAGAAAAUGCCAUGAAAAUGUUGGGGAGCAUUAGAAAAUGUGAUUUUUAAAAUGGUUUACUAGAAUGUUUCUGGAGAAAUAUUCCAAAACAAUAAGUAGAAAGACUCCAGAUUGCCAACAAGAUGAAGGACUAAAAUGAUACACAGGAGUGGGUUCUCGAUAUGGUCUGUAAUUCAGAACAUUAGCCAGUAUCUGAUUCUGAAAGGACACCAAAGGGAUGAGUCCAAAAUGUGAGAAAAGAACUUAGAAAUGAAAAGGGCGGGGAUGUUUUUCUUUUUUUUUAAAAUAGGUACUUAAUAAAAAUUUAUUUAAUGAAUCAACUGCUUAUAUAAUAUGAAAAAGAAAAUAUGCCCAAAAUGUCAUUCUAAGCUUUAAAGUAAAGACAGACUAGAAUGGUUCCAGAAGCAGUAUUCUGAAGAGGGGUGACUAGGGAAUCCUAGCAUUCCAUAUACCUCUGGUGGCUUACCCAUGUAUUCCUCUGCUCCCAAGUUAUUCAAAUAUUUAUUUUGUUGUCCGAUUAUUUUGAAUUUUAUUUUUGAGAGCUGUUUCAAAUCCUUUGUGAAAUGAGGCAGGUAACAGACAAAACAAAUCAAAUUAGGAGACCCAAAUCAAAGGGGACAUAGAGGACAUGGAAGAGAGAGGAAGUGAGAGUAGGACAGGAGAGAUGCGAUUCACUCUGGUUACACGCUCUGGGCCCAUUGUCCUAGUUUUACAUCUUACUUUCUGGAAGGGAGGAAGUUCUCUGAUAAUUUGGAAAAAGUACCUGGACAUCAAGAGGUGGGAGAUUCCAUGGCCUUAGUGAUGACCCUGUCAGCUUCUGUUGCCAUGGGAGUGGAGAUUAGCAAGAACUAAGCUCCCAGGGCUCAGAGGUGCUAGAAGGGCCAGCCAGAAGGGCCCACUGCGCGUCUCCACCCACUAGUCACUGAGGUUGCUGGGUACACCUAAUCCAGCUGUCACCAUGUACUCGCCCUCCUUUGCAAACAACAGCUGGUUGGGGCUGGGCUUCAUGGCUGCCCAUCUGCCACCUGUCCUCCCUGGUCAGAGAAGAGCCCCACAGGGGCCUUAUCCCUCAGAGCAUCUCCCCUCCUUCCUCCUGGUUUGGAUCUGUGGCUCAGAUGUGGAUUUUCCACCCUUUCCACAUGGCCGGCUGCUGGCAGUGUGAGUUCCAGUUGUGCCAUCUGCCCCCCUCUAUCCACACCCUUCUCCAGGGCCCCUACAUGGAGGGGAGACGGAGUGGCUGAGCUGCAGACUCUGAAGUCCGACUUGACUUCUGCUCCAGCUCUGUGACCUUUGGCAAGGUACUUAGUCUCUCUGAGCCUCAGUUCUUCCUCUGUAAGAUGGAGACAGUAAUAGUAGACAUUAAUAGUAGACAUUUCAGAGAGCUGAGAGGAUUCAGUUAGUUAACAGACAUAAAGAAUUCUACAAUGUCUGGCUCAAGUGCCCAAGAAACAUUAGCUCAUUUAUGUAUAUAAAGCAUUCCCUGUGACCCUCCAGAAGGCACCCUGGGCAGCAGAUCUCCCCUGGAACUCAAGCAGGGCCUUCAACUCCUUUUGUCUGUGCUCUGAUAAGGAAAGCCAAAGAAGCACCUUUGUAACCUCUUCAGAAAGUGUACUGACACCUAUGGAUGGACCUUCAGAAUCUAGUGGAAAGAUGAUAAAACUGAAGGCCUGCACACUGAGUCUGGCCCUGUCAGUGACUCCCUCAUUUUUGUUCUCUUAGUUGGUUCCUAUUCCGUAAAAUGAGAAUCAUUUUGCCUAAUCCUCAUUACUCCAGCAGUAGAAUCUCAAUAAUUUUAUGCUGUUUCCAGAUGUGAACUUGUUACCAAUUUCACCUCACUCUGGUGGGACUCCAACCCACAUUCAGAGGAGCUCCGAGGAGGGCUUGUACCCACAAUCUGUCCCUUCCCCGGAGCGUUCUUUUCUGUUCGGUGUCACGGAUUUGAAAUGAAACUGAAGCUGAGCGUUCAACAGCACAAGCUUUAUGCAAUGGCCAAAGAAUGGAGAAAUGG